AUGGAAACGUCAUUGACGACGCGCCGCCAUCAGUCGGAGGCAAGGUCCGUAUCUCCACACCUACUGCGGAGUCGAAGUGGAACCUCAGCCCUAAACAGGGCACCGCCGGUGAUGAACUCGAUCCAAAGCUCGGCUCACAGGUCAAAGUCAACGACAAGGUCAUCAAGAACCCUAAGAAAUGGAGAGAACAUUAACCCUACCACCACCAACAUGCAAAAGAAGCCUAACCAUCAAGAGGGUAGAGAUGGGGUGGUUAGGUUCAUGCAGCAGCGUGGCAGUGGCGUUGCAAUUAAGGGAUCAAAAUCAGUGACGAGUUCUCCAUCAGCAUGGGCAUUGUCUCCGGGUAGGUCUUCGCCGUUGAUGGUAGGAAUGGAGCCACAAGGAUCUUGUGGGUCGACGACUGAGGUAAAGGCUAAGUACUCCAAAGGAGUAAGUGGGUUUUUAAAGUAUUUCAGGCAAAAGAAGGUGUCGCCUAUUCGAGAAGAAGAGUAUCAUCAGUUUCGAGUUUUUUAUAAUAGGAUGUUGCAGUGGAGGUUUGUGAAUGCUAGAGCUGAAGUUGCCAUGAACGCUGUGAAUACAGAUGCACAGGAUAAAUUGUUUGGUGUGUGGCUAAGAAUCCUAAAGAUAAGAAACUCUACUUUAGAAAAGAGAAUUCAACUUGAGAAGCUGAUACAUGAGAUCAAACUACAUCAAAUUGUAGGUCCACAGUUAUGUCUACUAAAUGAGUGGGCGAAAUUGGAGGCCAAAAAUUACGAAGCUGUUAGCCGGGUGAUUCGUAAACUCUCAGCAGUCCUAGUUAGAGUCCCUCUUAAACAAGAUGCCAAGGUAGAUGUGGAGUCUCUCAAUGAAGCUAUAAGUGCAGCCAUUGCAGCCAUGGAUGGCAUAGAAGCCACUAUUAUAAACAUCUUCUCACAGGUUGCCGGUGGAGAAAAUGCUGUAUAUGGUUACUGA